UGCAAUUUUCCCUAUGGUCACCAGAGCCGACGGGAAGACAGUGCCUCUUAUCUCUCUCCUUAAAGGCACACGGCUCCAUUCGCCACAGUGCGUCAUGUCACGGGAGAGUCUUGAGAUAGACCAGCAUUGAAACAAUAUUCAAAAUACUCGUUCGUAGAGAGUAGCGGAAUCAGAUUAAGGUAAGAUUUGUGUGUUCUGUGCUGUAGUUGCUAUAAAUGGGCGAAUGCUGGUGAUAGUGGCGUAGGACGGGGACAUGGUUAAAAGGGCUGUAUUUUCGACCAACUGCUGAUUUUUUUCGUGGCUCCAAGGGUUUGGGGGGGGGGGGCCGUGAGCGGAUCUUCGCCCACCACUUCCACCCCUUAGCUAUGCUGACGCACUUUAAAUUUGUUCAGAAAACAUCCAUUUCCUGACCUAUUGUAAUUAUCUCCGCCCUCAGUGCCGCAUGUGUUGCCCAUCGUGAGAGUGUUGCCCAUCGUGAGAGUGUUGCCCAUCGUGAGAGUGUUGCCCAUCGUGAGAGUGUUGCCCAUCGUGAGAGUGUUGCCCAUUGUGAGAGUGUUGCCCAUUGUGAGAGUGUUGCCCAUUGUGAGCGUGUUGCCCAUUGUGAGCGUGUUGCCCAUCGUGAGAGGGUUGCCCAUUGUGAGCGUGUUGCCCAUUGUGAGCGUGUUGCUCAUUGUGAGCGUGUUGCCCAUUGUGAGAGUGUUGCCCAUCGUGAGCGUGUUGCCCAUUGUGAGUGUGUUGCCCAUUGUGAGCGUGUUGCCCAUCGUGAGAGUGUUGCCCAUUGUGAGCGUGUUGCCCAUUGUGAGCGUGUUGCCCAUUGUGAGCGUGUUGCCCAUUGUGAGUGUGUUGCACUGUUAUAAUACUUUCAAACCGCUUUGAUGCGUUGCCUCGCGUCUUUACGCCUCUGUUUCCAUGACUGUGUGUGGAGGCCUGGAGCUCCAUUAAGUGGUCCACAUUUGAUUGUGGGGGCCUGCAGCUCCAUUAAGUGGUCCACAUUUGAUUGUGGAGGCCUGCAGCUCCAUUAAGUGGUCCACAUUUGAUUGUGGAGGCCUGGAGCUCCAUUAAGAGGCCCACAUUCUAUUGUGGAGGCCUGCAGCUCCAUUAUGUGGCCCACACUUGAUUGUGGAGCCCAUUCAUUAUAAAAUAUGUCCUUAAAAAAAAAGCUUUUAUAAUUUAUAAACAAGACGAUUCCAUAAUUUCCUCGUCCCAGUUGAGGCUGUCAACCGCCAUGGCCACUCGUCUGCUGUCCCAAAGCGACCACACCAUCAUGGCGGCUGUUGUGGCAGGGGCAGCUGUUGGACUAACUAUGAUGGCGGUGGUAGGACACAACCACAGGAAACUUUUCCAACAGGUGAGCUGACUUUCAGUUUAGUUAGUAUUAUUUUAACCAAAAAGAAUCAUUUUGCUGUUCUUCAUAUAAGUCUGUUAUUCCUAUUUAAGAAAAAAAAACCAACAAAUUUUCUUCAAAAGCUAAUUAAAUAUAUUAUGACUAGUCAUAGCUCGCCAACCAAUUGAGGUAGUCAUGCGGGAACUUCCCAUCUACUAAGGUUACUUAACAAAACAUGAACUCAAGUAACGCACAUUUAAGAAUCACAAUUUUUGCAACAGCCCCCCCCCCCUCUCAACCCCCUAUGCACACUUGUUAUUUCACGCCCAUGGGCUAUAUUAAAUAUUCUGAUGUCCCAAACCACUAUUAAACCGCAUAUUUAUUACACCGUAUUUAAAUUGAGAUGAUUUCAUUUUCCGAAAAGAAAAGAAAAUAUUACGCACCGAACGCAGGUGGCUUUAUUAAAAAAAAAAAAUCAUACAGCGUAGUUAUCGGGAAUUAAAUUUUCGCGCUAUUGAACUCAUUAUUGAACCAUACUUCCUUUCAAACGUGGAGAAUUAUUUGUAAUAUAAUCCAAAUACCAAAGACGCAGAAUGGGUAGCAGCCAGCGCGUUAGCAAGCAGCCGGAAAUGAAAGCAGUCUACCAGCAGCGUAAUAUAUAUAGUAUAAGAGAUUUGUAAAGCAUCUUUAUUGGUCCACUCAUGGGCUAAUGCAGAGAAUAUCGGGGUGACGUACUGUUAGUGUUGUUGUGAUAGCUCGUGUGUCGAAAGCCGAUCAUGGCCAUUUUGAAAACAUCGGCCGGUUGCUGCGGCUGAGUCUGUCUGCUGGGUGCGCAGAUGGCUUCUGGUGCAGAAGGCGCACGGGGGGGGGGGGGGGGGAGACGACGAAAGAAGGGACAACCCCAGAGGUACAAGAAUUAAAUAAUGUUACACAUCAAAUAAAUCUCCUUGUACAGUUGUCCGUUUAACAUUGAAUUGUGGUUAAAAAAAAAAAAAAAUUAUAAUAAUUUCAAAUCAAGGUGAGAUACGAUGAGUGUUAUGAAUUUAACCAGGGAAACCAUGUUCGCUGGAGGAACGGGCAUCGACUUGCCCAGUGGGCGUGGCUUGGAGGGCGCCAGAUGGGCAGUCGCCACGGGCGCACGAUUAACAGAGACACACGGGUGUGGGUGUGGGGUGGGGGUGGUGUAGGGGUGGUGGGUGUAAUGUGUGGGUUGGGUGUGGGGUGGGGUGUGGCGUGGGAUGGGGGAGGGUGGGUGAUGUUGGCCUACAUCACCUCCUCCCCACAGUAUUGACAAACAUCAUCCCCCACCCCCUUCCGUAUUGACAUGCAUGAACAUCUCAUCUUUCCUCACUUUAAGGAAAGUGACACCUAAUAGGUAUAACUUUUUCUCUCCUAGAUAGGAACAGUGGCAAACCUGUACAUCUACCCUGUCAAAUCUUGCGGCGCGAUGGAGGUGUCAGAAGCUAACUGUACACCGGUCGGACUAGAGUCCAACGGUGUCAAUGACAGGUGACUGGAGGUCGUUUAAAAAAAAAAAAAAAAAAAAAAAAAGUUAUAAUCAUUCGUGGUAUUCGUGUGUAUUAUCAAAAUGAAGAUGCUAUUUUCAUGUUUAACUGUAAACCAACUGGAUCAGGCUUUCUGAUCUGGCUCUACUAUAUCUAUUGAAAGGGAUCUCUUAACUAAGCGCUCAUGUUGGUUGUUUUUUUAAUCAUUAUUGAAUAUUCUCACAUUUUUGUUGUAUUGCUAACAUACAUAGUGAACUCUCGAAACAAUCGCCAAGAAUUCAAUGACCCAUUCAACUGACCAAUGCCCAGGAGGGUAAAGGGGGGCAGGCUUUCAAAACUCAGAGAUGGGGUAGAAGCCCCUGGGUUAAACACCCACCCACCCCUCCCCCAACAAGAAUGAUAAAUAAUAUUUCAAAAGCUGCAUUUCUAUGUCAAUUUUGCUAAUUAACAAAAAAUAAUUCUGUAAUGAUAUGUUUUGUCACCCAAGACACUGGAUGAUCCUUGACCCCUCUGACCACGUGAUCACCAUGAAAGAGGAGCCGCGCCUGACCCUGGUCAAGUGCAGGAGCGUCGACGGCCGACUGCUGCUUGAGGCCCCUGGCAUGGACCAUCUGCAGCUGCCCCAAAGACCCGAUCUCAGGACACGUCAACGGCAACACAAAAUGUACGUUUGACACAUAAAUGACACAUAUACGACACAUAUACGACACAUACAGCACUGCCAGUGAUUAUUUCAGAAAUUUUCCCCCGGGGGGGUGGGGGGGGCAGUGCCUGCAGUUAUUUUGGCUUUCUCUUGGGGGGGGGGGGACGGGACGGGACGGGAGAUAUAGUUGUAAGAAACCCUGAACCAAACCACUCGGCGCAAGGGAAAUAAUCAUGUUAAUUAAAUAAGGGGAAAACGAAUUCUAUUUGUUCCCCUUGAAUGACAUAUUAACGGUACUAAUAUUGAUGUAUCACAUUGUAUUUAAAAACCAAAUGAUGCAGAUCUCAAUUUAUUGCAACUGUUUACAAACCAAACAGAAAAUAAUUGCCUUUCCGACAGAUUUUACGUAUCGUGAACCUGUCCCCCCAACCCCCCCCCCUUUCCCAAUUGCUUUCGUCCGUCAAAUUGUGAUUGUGACGGUGAUGUAGAUUUGUCACGUGACGGUGGUGUAGGCUUGUCACAAUGUGACGAUGGUGUAGACUUGUCACAUUGUGACGGUGGUGCAGGACGAAAUCACAAGGCCUGGGAUUUUUAAAAAAAAUAUUUCGGAUAAGCUUGUACUCUAGGCAGUAAUUAUCUCUCUCCGCACACCUGGAUAAGCCAAGGGACUAUCAUAUGUGGAUGAUACCGCUUGGGUGGUGCUGUAUGUUGUUGCUGCUGUUGUUGCUUGUCUGGGGUUUGAACUCCAGUCCACAAACAAAAGGAUGGAUUCAGUUUAGACUGCUCAGCCAUACAAGUUAUAUAAAUACCUUACAAUUUUUGCACGUGAUCCACAAUGACGUAAGCGAUUCACGUGUUGUAACUCUUGGUUUUCAAUUUAUUUUUAUUUCAACGCGUGUACGUGGCGGAUCAUCUAGACUCCUGGGCCAGGCUGUCACCAUGGUCUGCUGUGGAGGAGAGGCGGAGAAAUGGAUCUCCGAGUUCCUCGGGCGGUCAGCGCGGAUGGUGUUCUCAUGCCGAGACCUGGGCCCAAGGGAUGUCCACGGCCGACCCAGGAGGUGGCCCAACACCGCAAGGCAAGGCGACAUUGUAGGUAUACACGCGACAGGGCUGGUGGCAGGUAUACACGCGACAGGGGUGGUGGCAGGUAUACACGCGACAGGGGUGGUGGCAGGUAUACACGCUCCAGGGGUGGUGGCAGGUAUACACGCGCCAGGGGUGGUAGGAGGUAUACACGCGACAGGGGUGGUGGCAGGUAUACACGCGCCAGGGGUGGUAGCAGGUAUGCACGCCAUGAGUGGAAGCAGGUAUACGUGCUAAGAGUGGCAGUGGGUAUGCUGUAUUACAUGCUUAGAGUGGUAGUAGGUAUACAUGCAAGGAUAGAGAGGGUGAGGUAAGCGUGCUGGGAGUGGGAGUAGGUAUACUUGCUAGGAGAGGGAGUAGGUAUGCUUGCAAUGAGUGGGAGUAGGUAUACUUGCUAGGAGAGGGAGUAGGUUUACUUGCUAGGAGACGGAGUAGGUAUACUUGCUAGGAGAAGGAUUAGGUAUACUUGCUAUAAGUGGGAGUAGGUAUACUUGCUAGGAGAGGGAGUAGGUAUACUUGCUAAGAGAGGUAGUGGGUAUACUUGCUAGGAGAGGGAGUAGAUAUACUUGCUAGGAGAGGGAGUAGGUGUACUUGCUAGGAGAGGGAGUAGGUAUACUUGCUAGAAGGAGUAGGUAUACUUGCUAUGAGUGGGAGUAUGCAUACUUGCUAGGAGAGGUAGUAGGUAUGCUAGCUAGGAGUGGGAGUAAGUAUACAUUUAAGUACAUUUAACUAUAUACACAUGACUACAUCUGCCUCCAUCUAACUACAUCAUCUACAACUGAAAACAUAUGAACACAUCUAACUACAGGUAACACACAUCUAACUUGAUCUAACUACACCUGACAUAUAAAUAAAUUUAACUACAUCUGACUAAAUCUGACUAGACUAAAUCUGACUACCUCUAACUACAUAUGAAUGCAUGUGACUAAAUUUAACUACAUCUGACUACAUCUAACUACAUCUAACUACAUCUGACUACAUCUAACUACAUCUAACUACAUCUAACUACAUCUAACUACAUCUGACUACAUCUAACUACAUCUGACUACAUCUGACUACAUCUAACUACAUCUAACUACAUCUGACUACAUCUAACUACAUCUAACUACAUCUGACUACAUCUAACUACAUCUAACUACAUCUGACUACAUCUAACUACAUCUGACUACAUCUAACUACAUCUGACUACAUCUAACUACAUCUAACUACAUCUAACUACAUCUAACUACAUCUAACUAGACAAUAUCUGCCUAUAUCUAACUACAUUCAAAUAGAUUUGACUACAUCUGAUUAGACUAAAUCUGACAUUUUACUACAGCUAACUACAUCUAACUACUUCUAACCACAUCUGACUACAUCUAACUACUUCUAACCCCAUCUGACUACAUCUAACUACUUCUAACCACAUCUGACUACAUCUAACUACUUCUAACCCCAUCUGACUACAUCUAACUACUUCUAACCCCAUCUGACUACAUCUAACUACUUCUAACCACAUCUGACUACAUCUAACUACUUCUAACCCCAUCUGACUACAUCUAACUACAUCUAACUACAUCUAACUAGACAAUAUCUGCCUAUAUCAAACUACAUUCAAAUAGAUUUGACUACAUCUGAUUAGACUAAAUCUGACAACAUUUUACUACAGCUAACUACAUCUAACUACUUCUAACCACAUCUGACUACAUCUAACUAUAUCUAACUAUUUGACUACAGGUCACUAGACUAAAUCUGACUACAUCUAACUACUCAUGACUGCAUGUCACUAAAUUUGACUACAUCUGACUUCACCUAGCUACAUCUAUUUGCGUCUGACUACUUUUGACUACAUCUAGCGAGAUCUGACCAUAUCUAACUACAUCUAGCAACAUUGGACUACAUCUUACUUGACUACAUCUAACUACAUCUGACUGCACAUGAGUGCAUCCGACUACAAAUUACUACAUCUGCCUCCAUAUGACUUCACCUAACUACAUCUGACUAACUCUAACUACAUCUGACUAACUCUAACUACAUCUGACUAACUCUAGCUACAUCUGACUAACUCUAACUACAUCGAACUUCAACGUACACCAUAUGAACACAUCUAUCUACACUUUACAACAUCUAACUUGAUCUAAGUAUAUCUGACUACAUACCACUAACUCUAACUACAUCUGACUAAGCUGCAUCUGACUAAAUCUAUUUAUAUUUAACUUCAUCUGAGUAGGCUACAUCUGACAAAAUCAAAAUACAUUUAACUACAUCUGACUAGAAGGCAUUUUACAACAUCUAACUUUAUCUAACUCUAUCCUACCACAUCUGACUACAUCUAACUACAGCUCAUUACAUCUUAUUACUUUUACGGUACCACAUCUGACUACAUAGUCAGGUGAAGUUAGAUGUAGUCUAGUCAGAUGUGUUGUUGGUUGUUGUCUGUUGACCGACAACAAAAGACAACAACAGACAAUAAAAGACAACACAGACAACAACUGAUAACAAAAGACAACAGGCAACAACAGACAACAACAGACAAAGGAAAGACAACAACAGACGACAACAGAUAACCAUUAAGAACCCAGUAUCUUAGAUUAGUUAAUCAUUUUGGUGGCCCUCAAAAGGGCCGGGGCACCCGUGACCAUAGGGAUGCCAAUGAUUUACUUGAAGAGAACCCACCCGAGAAGGCCUCUGAUCAGAAGGAUCACAAGCCGUACUAGAUGUCGGAUGUGGGCCUCUAACUUUACCAUUUCGGUCCGUCCCUCGGAAAGGGGGACGACCUCCACCGGCGUUUCCUCCGCGGGCUUCUCCUCCUCCUCCGGCUUCUCCUCCUCCUCCUUCUUCUCCUCCCCCUCCGUCAUCGCCGCGACCACCUCUUCCUGGUGUCCCGUCGUGGCCUCUGGUUCCGAAGUCGUAGAUUCGUAUUGUUCCACCUCUUCGAUUUGCUGUUCCAACGUCAUGGCAUCCGCCGAAGUGGCACUGCUGCACGUGUGGAAGCUGGGCUCGAGUUCCGGCGAGAUGUCCGGUUGCGCGCCGACCGGGGCCUGUGCGUCUUCAACUGCAUACAGCUCUUCGUUAAUGACCUGGACUUCGCGCGCUCUGCGGCCAUGUCGUUUCCGCGUAGGAUGGAAUCUCCGGUAGAGCCGACGAAAUCGCUGCCUGUAAGAUGGGGACAGUGCUGGGGGGCGAAAAUCUUCUUCUUCAACAUUCCUGGUACAUGCUCGACACGGCAUGCAUCGUAAAAAAAAUGAAAAAAAUCGACGUGGCUUCGGCUCCGAAUUCAUCGUUGAGUCAAAGCAAUUUUGCGUGCGUUGAUAGCACUCUGAAUGAUAUGAUGCGCGGACCUCCAGGAGGGAAAGGGCUUGAAGUCGGUACAGGGAAAUCCGGAAUUUCCUCAACUCUAAAGUCUAUUGUUAGAUCUCCUCCCAGAAGCCUUAUUACAUCUUUUUUAUGAAGUCUAAUGUUUGAUCUUCUCCCUGACCUCUAUUAUUAGAUCUUCUCCCUGAAGACAAUUGUUAGAUCUUCUCCCUGAAGUCUAUUGUUGGAUCUUCUCCCUAAAGUCUAUUGCUAGAUCUUCUCCCUGAAGUCUAUUGUUGGAUCUUCACCCUGAAGUCUAUUGUUGGAUCUUCUCCCUGAAGUCUAUUGCUAGAUCUUCUCCCUGAAGUCUAUUGUUGGAUCUUCACCCUGAAGUCUAUUGUUGGAUCUUCUCCCUGAAGUCUAUUGUUAGAUCUUCUCCCUGAAGACAAUUGUUAGAUCUUCUCCCUGAAGUCUAUUGUUGGAUCUUCUCCCCGAAGUCUAUUGUUGGAUCUUCUCUCAAAAGUCUAUUGCUAGAUCUUCUCCCUGAAGUCUAUUAUUGGAUCUUCACCCUGAAGUCUAUUGUUGGAUCUUCUCCCCGAAGUCUAUUAUAAGAUCUUCCUCCUGAACUUUUUCCUAAAACGCGAAAUGGAAGUCGUCAAUGUGCUUCCCGGUUUCAGCAUGGCGCCCGACAACUUAUCCAAUUAGAUUAUUAUUUUUUUUUUAAACAUGAGAUCAAUAUUUUCCCUAAAGGUAGAAGUAGAAAGGAUUAUUUCCCUUCGCACCACGUAAACAAUUGGGAAGUUAUUAAAUAAAUGUUUAAAAAAAAUUCUAAUUUGUCAUUCACUUAACAAUGAUCUACAUCUGACUGAACUACAUCUGACUACACUACAUCUGACUAGACCACAUCUUACUAGACUACAUCUGACUACAGUACUUCUGACUACUUCUGAAUAGACUAAAUGUGACUAGACUACAUCUGACUACAUCUGACUAGACUACAUCUGACUAGACCACAUCUUACUAGACUACAUCUGACUACAGUACUUCUGACUACUUCUGAAUAGACUAAAUCUGACUAGACUACAUCUGACUACAUCUGACUAGACUACAUCUGACUACAUCUGACUAGACUAAAUCUGAUUAGACUACAUCUGACUACAGUACUUCUGACUACACUAUAUCUGACUAGACUACAUCUGAACUCAUCUGACUAGUUUACAUCUGACUAGACUACAUCUGACUAGACUACAUCUGACUAGACUAAAUCUGACUAGACUGCAUCUGACUAGCGUACAUCUGACUAGACUACAUCUGACUACAUCUGACUAGACUACAUCUGACUAGACUACAUCUGACUAGACUACAUCUGACUAGACUACAUCUGACUAGACUACAUCUGACUAGACUACAUCUGACUAGACUAAAUCUGAGUAGACUACAUCUGACAAGACUACAUCUGACCACAUCUGACUAGACUACAUCUGACUAGAGUACAUCUGACUACAUCUGACUAGAUUACAUCUGACUAGACUAAAUCUCACUAGACUACAUCUGACUAGACUACAUCUGACUAGACUACAUAUAACUAGAUUACAUCUGACUAGUAUAUAUCUGACUAGACUACAUCUGACUACAUGUGACUAAACUACAUCUGACUAGAGAACAUCUGAAUACAUCUAACUACAUCCAAGUACAAACAAAAAUAUAACAAUAGAAUAAGUUAAUCCAAAAUACAAUGCCUGCAUCAGUAAGGUGAGAUAAAAUUCCUGCAUCAGUAAGAAGAGAUUAAAUACCUACAUCAGUAACUAGAGGUAAUGCGCCUUCAUCAGUAAGGCGAAGUAAAAUGUGGGGUUGCAUGACAAUGAAGCUCAAGUAGAAUAUAAAUAUUUAUAAAGAAUGUUUUUUUUAACGAAAUUAACUUCUACUGGUGAUGCAUCAGGCCCCCCCCCCCACCCCCUAGGACAAUUCAAUCCUGACUAAAGAUAUCGCCCCCUUAUAGUUGCAUUCAUUCUGUGGAAGAUACUAACAAAACAAAAUCUUAAUGAUUCCGAUCCCCUUCACACACACACACACUUACUCUCUUCACCCAGUGGAGGCCUCGUCCCCCAAAUAUAGAGAUCAUCACGUGGGUCGGGGAGGAUAUUGGGAACAGGACCAUCUCAGAGAAAAAUUGUCAUUCGAUUAACAAGAUCUCAGAUGUGAAUACAUUAAUGAUGUUUCGUUUAUGAUUCAAAGAUUGUCGGUCAUUGUACAAUCUGUGACUCUCUUUAAUGGUUCAAGGAUUGUCGGCUAUUGUACAAUCUACGAUUUUCGUUAAUGAUUUAAAGAGUUUCAGACAUUGUAUUAUCAAACUAUGACUUUCUUUAAUGAUUCAAGGAGUGUCGGCCAUUGUAGUAUCAAUCUAUGACUUUCGUUCUUGAAGCAUAUUACCAGGCUAAUGCUUCUUAAACCGUUCUCAUCACCGUUGAACUUUUCAGACGAUCUUCGCCUACCUGACCUCCUACCUGGUGACCAACACCGCGUCCCUUCAGAGCAUCAACGGCCAGAUGACCACGCCAGCAUCCAUGAUCAGUUUUAGACCUAACAUCGCCGUGCGCCAUACAGAGGCCUUUGACGAGGUCAGUCCUGGUCGGAAAAUAUCUUUGUCAAAAUAAAGUGAUGAUUCGAAGUAGACGCCAUCUGAAGAUUUACGAAUUGAAUUGAAUCAGAAAUAAUAAUUAUUUUUAUAAAACCAUAACAUGAUAUACCGGGUAGAUAUAUUUAAAAAAAAUGCCUUUUUUUAAAUUUUAUUUUUUUAAUAUUAUUUUUAUUAUUUUUAUUUUUUUUUUUGAAGGGAAACAAAUGCCUAAUUAGUUUAACAAAAAAUUGAACAAACGUUUUUCCCUCUUGACUUCAUUAAAUGAUGUAUUUAUUUAUGUUCUGAAAAUGUAUAUGCUACAAUGAAAUAAAAAAAAACAACAUUUACAUUUAUUUUCAUCAAUAAAUGUAUCUUAUCUUAUCUUAUUUAUUUACACUAGGAUAACUGGCUGGAGCUCCGUAUAGGAGAGAAUGUUCUCUUUCAUGCUGUCGAGCCGUGCAGAAGGUAAAGUACCCAAAUAUUUUAGUGCUUAUUACAAUCUGCUGAAAUAUCAGCCCCUGCGUAUCAUGAGGCCCACCGCAAGUUACGCUCAUGAAUUUAUUAUAACCCUAGUCUUCUAUUGAUACAGGUCGGAUUGGCCAAUUUCUGAUACAAGCUACUUUGUACUUAUUUAGAAAUAGUAAAUAUAAAAUCAAAUUUCGUUGUUGAGGCGUAGGUAAUGGGGGGAAAGGGGGGGGGGUAGAGGACGGACAUAUGUGUCGCUGGGUGCCAGACUAGUUAAGGGCGCCAAAAUGUGCUUUGAAAUAUUUUAUAGAUGAAAUUUAUGGGUUUGAGAGCUGAAAAAAAGAAAGGGCGUCUCUUUAAAAUGAAUCUUGUCCCCGGGCGCCAAACUCUCUAAGCUACGCCUCUGUUUUGUUGUCAAUUAUAGUCGAGAAGUGAUUCGAAUUUAACAGUGGCUGAUAUUUUAUUAUCCACAUCCACAAAUCCGAAAACACAUGGAAAUCAUAUCACAUGAAAUUUCAAUUACUAACUUCUGGAUAACAUAAUCUUUUUUUAAAAAUUUAAAAAAAAAAAAAAAUUAAACUCAAUAACGUAUCAACACAAUCUAAAUCUCCAUGCUUCAAUCAACGGUCUCUCUUCAUUCCUCUCAUCGCAAGCCUCCAUUAUUCAACUCUUUCAGCUCUCACUGGCCAGUUUCUUCCCUAAGUCCCAACACUCAGUAUAUUAUAUACGAAAUAUUCAACCAUAUUACUUAUCUCCCAUCAGUAUUCAUAUUCAUAUCUGUUACACGAACUAUCAUACAUGUAUAAUAUAUGUAUAUAUAUAUAGAGAGAGAAACAGUUUAACGGACAUUUAAAAAACAACACACACACCAACUGUCACACCUCACAGCUGUUAUAUUGGAAAUGACGUAAUGGCUGACACUAACCCCCCCCCCCCUCCCCGCCCUGAUCGUCGCCUUUCAGAUGCCCAAUAACCACCAUUGAUCCUAACACGGCGGAGGUGAACCUAGAUAUGUAUAUAUAUAGAGAGAGAAACAGUUUAACGGACAUUUAAAAAACAACACACACACCAACUGUCACACCUCACAGCUGUUAUAUUGGAAAUGACGUAAUGGCUGACACUAACCCCCCCCCCCUCCCCGCCCUGAUCGUCGCCUUUCAGAUGCCCAAUAACCACCAUUGAUCCUAACACGGCGGAGGUGAACCUAGAGAGGCAGCCGCUCGAGCUCCUGAAAUCGUGAGUCCUUUUUCACACUUAUUGUCUAGCCACAGUUUCGUUUAUAAGCGUGGAGAAAUACGGGCAAUAAUGAUAGGAAUUAAUACAUGCUUAUCACGUUUUUUUUUUUAAAAACCGAAUUUACAGGAGCGUCAUUUUGGGUAGGGAAGGGUGGGGCCUUGCCCUUCACCCCACUACAUUUGCAGGUUUCAUUGAAAUUGCUAUGUACUGUUGCGCCUCCAGUAAUAAACAACUUAACAAGCCAAUCAUAUUUUGAUCCCUUCCCCUUUCCCUGAAAUGAUGCCCCUGUGUAUUUGUUUGGUCGGUGGACUUACACUAAAUCAUGAUUAGAACCAAACCUGGUGAAAUGUAGUUAAGUUUUUAAACAAUACCCCAAUGCUCAAGUUGUGCAAAAAAAAAAAAAAAAAAAAAAAAAAAAAAAAUGUUAAAGUUGUGCAUUCUUUAUCUCCGUAUCCAUCAUCAUUACAAUUAAUACAUAUGAAAUCUUUCUGUAGUUGUACCGAACAUGUUAUUCUUUAAAGCCGAUGAUGGGGGAAACUAGUAGGAAGUAGCUUGCUUUUCAAUCAAUUAAAAAAUAAAAUUUAAAAAAUAAAAUUAUAUACUAAUAUUAUUAUUAUUAUAAAUAAAAAAUAUUUUAAAAUAUUGUUUUUGUAAAAAUGAAUAAAUAAACAAACAAGAGUAUUGAAAAUUGCAAAAAAAAAACCAAACAUUUUUAAUGAAAUUUUAAAAAAAAAUAAAAAAAAUCCUGCACUAGUAACGUCAAUCAAACUUGUCAUUGCAGAUUUCGUUGCCGCCCCCCGUAUGGGACCGCCCCUAUAUUCGGACUCUACGUCUCACUGGACUUGCCCGGACGGGUCAAGGUUGGGGACCCCGUGUACGUGAUGAGAAAAAAAUGAAAAGACAGGUUCUUUUGUUGCGUUGCCGGCUUGAAAACAACUUUGCUGAACACAGCACUCCUGUCCCCUGUCUGUAGUAAAGCGGUGCACUACUUUCGUUGCGAUGCUUACAAGUUCUUAAACGAAUGACAUACAUGUAUCCUAUUUUCCAUGGAAUGAAAAUCUAAAACCAAA